AUGGCACUUAAGCUUAAGCUAAUGGCUGCUGUUGUUCUUAUGGUGAGCUCGAACGUCGAUGGUGCAGGCCGGUUUUACGAAGAGUUUGAGCCUACAUUUGGUGGCAAUAGAGUUAGGGUUUCAGGGCGGAGCAAUCAACUCUUAUCAUUGUCUUUAGAUAAGUAUUCUGGUUCUGGGUUUCGUUCUAAGAAGGAAUAUUUGUAUGGACGGAUCGAUAUGGAUAUGAAACUUAUUGCUGGUAACUCUGCCGGCACCGUUACCACUUUAUAUUUGUCAUCUGAUCAAAGCACGGGUACACAUGAUGAGAUUGAUUUUGAGUUCCUUGGAAAUGUUAGUAACCAACCAUAUACCCUUCAUACUAAUGUGUUUAGCCAAGGAAAAGGCAAUAGAGAACAACAAUUUCACCUUUGGUUUGAUCCAACGGCCAACUUUCAUACCUAUUCAGUUGUUUGGAAUCCAAGACUCAUAAUGUUCUUGGUUGAUGAGACACCAAUUAGGGUUUUUAGAAACCAUGAAAAAUAUGGAGUUGCAUUCCCAAAAAACCAACCAAUGAGAAUAUACUCGAGUUUAUGGAACGCAGAUAAUUGGGCCACACAAGGUGGGUCGGUAAAGACAGAUUGGACUAAGGCCCCAUUCACAGCCUACUAUCGUAAGUUCAACAUUGAUGCUUGUGAUGGGCCAAACCGGGCCUCACUCUCAUGUGUUACUGGGCCUGUGGCCUAUACUAACUCACACAGGUGGACAAAUAAGAAGAGCACUCGAGGCACUUGGAGGACCCAUGAUCUUGAUGCAAAUGGUAGAAAAAGAAUUAGGUAUAUUCAAAAGAAUUUCAUGGUUUAUGAUUAUUGUGAAGAUUGGAAGAGAUUUUCUCAAGGUUAUCCUCCUGAAUGCAAGCAGCCAAGGUUUUAG